GGAACUCCCUAGGAGGGCACUCGGCGAGCGGCGAGCGGCGGGCGGCGGGUGUGUGGGUCGGGGCAGAGCGAGGGGCGCGGGUGGCCGCGGUGGGAUCGCCGCGGCUGAGGAGCCGACGGCUCUGACGCGGACUGGACCCGCUGAAGAGCGGUCCCGGCCGGGGGCGCACAGCGAGCUUCACCGAGAAGGCCACUCGGUCCUCGGCCGCAGUCGCUCGUCUCAGACUGACGGCCGGGCUUACCAUGGCGUCCUCGGCUCGCCUGGUCACCAUCAAGCGGAACGGCGACCACGGCGCACACUUCCCGCUGACCCUCAGCUCCUGCCUGUUCGGAAGGAGUAUUGAAUGUGACAUUCGUAUCCAACUGCCUGUAGUGUCAAAAAAGCACUGUAAAAUUGAAAUCAAUGACCAGCAGGCAAUUUUGCAUAAUUUCAGUUCCACAAACCCAACACAAGUAAAUGGGGCUACUGUAGAUGAGCCUGUGCAGCUGAAGCAUGGAGAUAUAAUUACAAUCAUUGACCGAUCUUUUAGGUAUGAAAAAGGAAAUCAUGAGGAUGGAAGCAGAUCAACGGGAUUUCCAGGAAAAUCAUUCGGACAGGAACCGGUACAGCAAGCCUCAAGAGCUAGCUUCUCUGAUCCUGAUGGGAAAGGUCAUGAUGCCAGCACUUCAAAAACCACUUCAAGAAGAUCUUUGGUGCAUGCCAAGAGGCUCUCUGGAGACAGUUCUGCCUCAGGUGGUUCAAAGGACAGUAUUACCCAAGAUCCAUCCAAUACCUGUUCUUCAGGGCAUGUAGAACAGCACAGUGGCAGAAACACAGAAGAGCCCACUUCUGAUGUUCUUUUUAAGAAGUCCAGGGAUGCAGGGAGCAGUUCCAGGGAACUGAAGUCUUCUCCUGCACAGAGCCUUAGCAACAGCAAGAAACAUGAAUCUCCCUUUGAGAAACUCUAUCAAUCAAUGAAGGAAGAGUUGAAUAUAAAAUCACAGAAACAGUCUCGUAGGAAGUCAGAACCACAACCUGAAUGUGCAGCAGGAAAAGAAACAUGGGAGACAAAGCUAUUGGUGUCAUGCAAGUCAAGAGCAAAAUCCAGUGGAAGCAUCCUUGGUCCUUCAGUCUCUUCACCCAAAGUAGGAAAGAUCUGGACUGAGGACCAGAGUAGUGCUGUGGGGCCUCUUCAGACUUCCACAGAGGCUCUGAGUUCCAGGUUUUCGCUCGCUGAGACAGCUGAAAUGAAGACCCCUGUGCGGAAUUCACAGCAACUUAAGAAUGAAGAGUCCCACGUUAGUGGCAGAAGAGAAUCUGUGAAUCUGAAUGAAAGUGAAGGUGCCAAGGCAGAUUAUAAGAUAGUCACUCCUAGGAAGCUGGCAACUAGAAACCAAACUCCAGUGAAAGUUGAAGGUGCUGCCAGCCCUGCUGGUAAACCAGAAAACAUCUCUUGCAAAAAGAGGAAGAGUCUUCCUGCAAAGAAAGAAGUGCUGUCUACGGAAACACAAAGCCAGUUCUCUUCAACUCAUCACCUUGCUUCAGACGAAAAGAAAACUCCAAAGGAUUCCAUCAGCAAGCCUGAGAAAUUGGCCACAGCAGCUAGGCAAAUUUACUCUGGGCUACCUGGUCUUAGUUCCGUUGAUAUCAGCAAUUUUGGUGACUCCAUUAACAAGAGUGAGGGAAUGUCUUUGAAGAGAAGACGUGUAUCCUUUGGUGAUCAUCUGAGACCCGAGUUAUUUGAUGAAAACUUGCCUCCUAAUACACCACUCAAAAGAGGAGAAACACCGACCAAGAGGAAGUCACUUGCCCCUCACACUCCAUCAGUCCUGAAGAAAAUUAUUAAGGAACGACCUCAGUCGCCAGGGAAACAAGAGUCUCCUGGAAUAACUCUACCAAGCCCAAAUGAUCAAAGACGCAGAUCAGGCAGGAGUGCACCUGCUUCCAGUGGCAGCGAAUCCUUACCUCAGACAGACACUCCUAAGAAAGCAAGCAGGAAGAGUGGCAACCUGCCUGCCAAGAGAGCAUCUAUCAGCAGAAGUCAGCAUGACAUUUUACAGAUGAUCUCCUCCAAAAGAAGGAGUGGUGCUUCUGAAGCCAACUUAAUUGUUGCAAAAUCAUGGGCAGAUGUUGUAAAACUUGGCACGAAACAAACACAGACAAAAGUUGUAAAACAUGUUCCUCAAAAGCAGGCGAGCAAAAGACAAAGAAGACCUAAUACUCCCAAGAAACCUACAAGCAGCCUUCACAAUCAGUUUAGCACAGGCCAUGUAAACUCUCCCUGUACCAUUGUAAUAGGAAGAGCUCAGAUUGAAAAAGUAAGCAUGCCUGCUCGGCCCUACAAAAUGCUGAACAACUUGAUGUUAAACCAAAAAAUUGACUUCAGUGAAGAUCUGUCAGGACUAACUGAAAUGUUCAAGACUCCAGUGAAGGAGAAGCAGCAGCAGAUGAAUGACAUGGGCUCCAUUCUCUCCAAUUCAGAGAAUUUACCCGAAAAACAGUUCCAAGUAACUAAUUCAGGAGACAAACCUCUGCCUUUCACUUCAGAAAUUUUGGGAGAAAAUGCGCUCUCCAGCACUCAGAAUGCAGCAAAGGAACCGUCUGAUAAAUAUUCUGCAAGUCCUACUUUAAGACGGAGAAGCAUCAAAAAUGGAAACACUGUGCAAACUCCUGAGAAUGUCCAAAACAUUACUCACCUUGAAAAGAAGACUCCAAGCUCUGUGACAGAGCCUCUGAAGACAGUAUCCAGUGUGAGGAAGUUACGAAGGUCUAGAGAACUCAGACAUACACUUGGAGAAAGUAUGAAUGAAAGCACAGAGGCAGGCCUUGACCAUUGCAUCAUAGUAAGAUACUUAAGGAAGACAUCACUGCAAGGACAAGAAGUGGAUCAACAGGUAGAGGACAGUGAAAAGUGUUCACAAAGAUUCAAGGAAAGUGUUGAAUUAAAAGAAGAUCCAGAAAAAACAUCAGCUAUGAGAUCAAGUGCCAGGAAGCAGAAGCCAGUGAAAGACUUAAUAGGAAGUCAGAUGGUCACUCAAACAGCAGCCUGUGCUGAGGAACUAUUUAAUCAAGAAAAAGGAACCACAGAAAAACCAGAGGAAUCCAUGCACAAACAAAGUACACCAAUAAGUGAUGGUCAAAGAGCUACAAAACAGAAAGCGGACAAAGUCCUUUGCAAAACCCCACAACCUACAACAGAUAACACCAAAACAAGCACAAAACCAUGGCACAGCACAUCUGGGAAGAAAGUAGACAUGAAGGAAGAACACUCUGAACAAAAGAAGUUUGUGCACAUGUCAGGAGGAACCAGGCAUACUCCCAAAGUUCCAGAACUUGCACAUGGGGGAAUUAAAGCUUUGAAGGAAUCUGAAAAUCAAAUGCUGGACCUGACUGUAACUGGUAGCAAGAAGUCGGUAGGAAAAGCUAAAGAGAAGGCUCAGCCCAUGCAAGACCUGACUGGUUUCCAUGAACUCUUUCUAUCACCGGUCCCUGGUGACAAAACCGCAAAAAUGGCCAAUAAAUCACCAUAUCCAGAAUUUCCAGAACUGGCCAGAACCCCAGCAAGCAUUAAGAGACUGUCUAAGACAGGUCUUGGUAAGGGGGAUGUGAGAGAAGAGCUUUCAACACUUAGGAAACGAACAAAGUCUCCAGGCAGAACCUCACACACACCCAUAGCAUCAGAGCUAGAAGAGAAUGAUAUGACAGCCUUUGUGGAAACUCCAAAGCAGAAACUGGAUUUCACAGAGAACUCAACAGGAUCUAAGAGAAGGUCACGGACACCUAAGAUGAGGGCUCAACCCCUAGAAAACCUGGAUGGCUUCCAAGAACUCUUCCAAACUCCAGCUGGUACCAGUGACCCAGUAAUUGUUGGGGAAACUACAAAGGUAUCUUUGGAAUCUCUACAACUGGAACCAGUCAGAACCCCAGCAAGCACAAAGAGACUGUCCAAGGCAGGUCUUGAUAAGGCGGAUGAGAGAGAAAAGCUUUCAACAGUUGGAAAACGAACAAAGUCGCCAGGCAGAACCUCACACACACCUACAGUACCAGUGCUUGAAGAGAAUGAUACCACAGCCUUUGUGGAAACUCCAAAGCAGAAACUGGAUUUCACAGAGAAUUCAGCAGGAUCUAAGAGAAGGUCACGGACACCUAAGAUGAGGGCUCAACCCCUAGAAGACCUGGAUGGCUUCCAAGAACUCUUCCAAACUCCAGCUGGUACCAGUGACCCAGUAACUGUUGGGGAAACUACAAAGGUGACUUUGGAAUCUCUACAACCAGCACAUAUCAGAACCCCAGCAAGCACAAAGAGACUGUCCAAGGCAGGUCUUGAUAAGGCAGAUGAGAGAGAAAAGCUUUCAACAGUUGGAAAACAAACAAAGUCGCCAGGCAGAACCUCACACACACCUACAGCACCAGUGCUCGAAGAGAAUGAUACCACAGCCUUUGUGGAAACUCCAAAGCAGAAACUGGAUUUCACAGAGAAUUCAGCAGGAUCUAAGAGAAGGUCACGGACACCUAAGAUGAAGGCUCAACCCCUAGAAGACCUGGAUGGCUUCCAAGAACUCUUCCAAACUCCAGCUGGUGCCAGUGACCCAGUAACUGUUAGGGAAACUACAAAGGUGUCUUUGGAAUCUCUACAAGCAGAGCCAGUCAGAACCUCAGCAAGCACAAAGAGACUGUCCAAGACAGGUCUUGGUAACACGGAUAUGAGAGAAGAACUUUCAACACUUGGGAAACGAACAAAGUCGCCAGGCAGAGCCUCACGCACACUCACCUCAGCAGGACAGCAGGAAAAAGGAAUAAAAGAAAUUAUGGAAACUUCAAGUAAGAAACUGGAGUCUUUAGGAAAUUUAACAGGGUCUAAGAAACAGUCUAGAACACCUAAGAAAGAGGGCCAAUCUCUAGAAGACCUUCCUGAUUGCCAGGAGCUCUUCCAAACACCAGACACAUUGGUUGUUGGCAAAACCAAAAGAAUGUCCUUUAAUUCUCCACAACCAGAUCCUGUCAUAACCCUAAGAAGCAUAAAGAGACAGUCCAGGGCAAGUAUGGGUAAAAUGGAAGCGAAAGAAGAAUUUUCAGAAUCAGAGAAAUGCCAACAAAUAGAAAAGACCAUAGACACACUCCAAGUAUCAAAUGAUAGCAAUGUCAUUAGAGCACCGAAGCAAUCUGCAAAGCGGAAACUGGAUUCAGCAGCUAGUUUGCCUAGCAGCAAGAGGCUACGAUGUGCAUCUAAGGAUAAGACACCAUGCCUGGAAGACCUGAGUGGUUUCCAACAGCUUUUCCAAACACCAGGCCAUUCUAAGGAUUCACUGGCUAUUGGUGAAACUUUAAAAAUGCCCACCAAAUCUCCACAGUCAGGACCACUUAGAAACCACACCAGCAGAAAGAGUCUGCCCAAGAUCAGUCUCGGGGAAACAGAUGUGACAGAAGAACUUUCAGCUCUCCAGAAGCAGUUACCAGGCAAAGCCCCCACAGCAUCAGUACAAAUGGGUGAAGGAAUACAAGCAAUUAGGAAGACUUCAAAGGAGAAACUAGAGACUGCAGUAAGUAUAAUUGAGUCUACAAGACAGAGAAGAGCACCUAAGGUAAAAGCUCUACCUCUGGAAGACCUUGAUGGCAUCCAAGAACUCUUCCAAACACCAGGCCACAGCACUGAUCCAGUAAUUGGUAACAAAAGAACAAGUAUGUCCUUGAGAUCUCCACCACAACCAGGGAUUGUUAGAACCUUACAAACAUCAAAGAGACUAGCCAAGACAAGUCUUGGAAAAGAGCAUAUGAGAGAAGAGAUCUCCUCAGUGAAUAUGCUUGGGUGUGCUGUAGGGGAGAUUGUACACACAUCCAGACUUCAAGAAGAUGAUGGGAGAGAGAACAAGGAUCUGGAGGAAUCCAGAAUUCUCACACUAGGCCCAUUAGUAAAUGUAACUGGCAGCAAGAAGCAGCGAGGGACACAUAAGAAAAGGUCUCAGUCCCCAGAAGACAUAUUUGAUCUUCAGGAACUCUUCCAAACACCAGCUAGUCAUAAAGACUCAGUGACUCUUCAUGAAACUACAAAAAUGUCUUUGGAAUCUUCAGAACAUUUCAGAACCCCAGCAAGCACAAAGAGACUGUCCAAGGCAGGUCUUGAUAAGGCAGAUGAGAGAGAAGAGCUUUCAGCACUUGGGAAACGAACAAAGUCACUAGGCAGAGCCUCGCACAUAGCCAUAGCACCAGUGCUCAAAGAGAAUGAUAUUACAGCCUUUGUGGAAACUCCAAAGCAGAAACUGGAUUUCACAGAGAAUUCAGCAGGAUCUAAGAGAAGGUCACGGACAUCUAAGAUGAGGGCUCAACCCCUAGAAGACCUGGAUGGCUUCCAAGAACUCUUCCAAACUCCAGCUGGUGCCAGUGACCCAGUAACUGUUGGGGAAACUACAAUGGUGACUUUGGAAUCUCCACAACCAGCACAUAUCAGAACCCCAGCAAGCACAAAGAGACUGUCCAAGACAGGUCUUGGUAAGGUGGAUGAGAGAGAAAAGCUUUCAACACUUGGAAAACAAACAAAGUCACCAGGCAGAACCUCACAUACACCCACAGCACCAGUGCUUGAAAAGAAUGUUACCACAGCCUUUGUGGAAACUCCAAAGCAGAAACUGGAUUUCACAGAGAAUUCAGCAGGAUCUAAGAGAAGGUCACGGACACCUAAGAUGAAGGCUCAACCCCUAGAAGACCUGGAUGGCUUCCAAGAACUCUUCCAAACUCCAGCUGGUGCCAGUGACCCAGUAAUUGUUGGGGAAACUACAAAGGUGUCUUUGGAAUCUCUACAACCAGCACAUAUCAGAACCCCAGCAAGCACAAAGAGACUGUCCAAGGCAGGUCUUGAUAAGGCAGAUGAGAGAGAAAAGCUUUCAACAGUUGGAAAACGAACAAAGUCGCCAGGCAGAACCUCACACACACCUACAGCACCAGUGCUCGAAGAGAAUGAUACCACAGCCUUUGUGGAAACUCCAAAGCAGAAACUGGAUUUCACAGAGAAUUCAGCAGGAUCUAAGAGAAGGUCACGGACACCUAAGAUGAGGGCUCAACCCCUAGAAGACCUGGAUGGCUUCCAAGAACUCUUCCAAACUCCAGCUGGUGCCAGUGACCCAGUAACUGUUAGGGAAACUACAAAGGUGUCUUUGGAAUCUCUACAAGCAGAGCCAGUCAGAACCCCAGCAAGCACAAAGAGACUGUCCAAGACAGGUUUUGGUAAGGUGGAUGUGAGAGAACAACUCUCUCCGCUGAAUAAACGAACGUGUUCAGCACAGGAAGACAUGCAUGUACUCAGACUUUCAGAAAAUGAUGUCACAGGAACCAAAGAUUUAAAGGAAUCUGCAGCUCAGAUAUUAAACCCAGCAGUGAGUGUAACUAGCAGCAAGAGGCAGCAAGGGGCGUGUAAGAAAAAGUCCCAGUUCCCAGAAGACCUCUCUGGUCUCCAGGAGCUCUUCCAAACACCAGGCCAUGACAAGGAUUCAUUGGCAGGUGAUAAGUUCACAAAAAUGCCCCACAGAUCUCUGCUACCAGAGCCAAUAAACACUUCAGUAACCUCACAGAGACCGUCCAGAGCUAGACGGAUGAAAGUUCAUGUGAAAAGUGAACUCUCAGGAGACAGAAUGCUUCCGCAAAUGUCAGAGGAAAUCAUGGACAUAUCUAGAGUACCUGAAUGUGAAGACAAGGGCAUUAGAACAAGGAAGCAAUCUGUAAAACGGAAAUUGGACACAGCAGUCAGUGUGCCCAGCAGCAAGAGACAACGAGUUGCACGAGCAGAAAAGGCACAGACCCUAGAGGAUCUGCCUGAGUUUCAAGAGCUCUACCAAACUCCAAGCUUGGCAGUGGAGCCAGUGAUUGUUGACAAAACCACAAAGAUGCUCAGCAAAUCUCCAGAGCUUGUGGACACAACUUCAGAAACACAGACAGGAAGAAGACUCAGGAGAGAGGGUGUGAUGAAAGAGCCUCUAGCACAAAGAAAGACUACAAAAGUGUUGCGGGAAACCAGAAACACAUACAAAGAGCCUGUGGGUGACAACAAAGAUGUCAAAGAGUUUAAGGAAUCUUCAAUGCAGAAACAAGACCCAGCUGUAAUUUUAACCGGUAGGAGGAGGCAACCAAGGACACUUAAGGAGAAGACCCAACCCUUGAAGGAGCUGCCCAGCAUCCAAGAGGAAACAGCCACAAGAAUAUCUUGUGAAUUUCCACAACCAGAAGAAAAGGAAAGCUCAGCAUCCUCAGAGAGGCAGCUCAGAAUACAACUGUGCAAAGUAGGUGUAAAAGAAGAGCCCACAGCUCAGAGAAAGCCACGAAGCAGGGUAACCAGGAAUACACUCAAAGAGCCCAUGAGUGAUAGUGGAAAUGUUGAAGAGCUUAAGGAGUCUACAAAGCGGAAGAUUGACCCCGUAGCAAGUGUGCCUGUCAGCAAGAGGCCACGGAGGGUACCCAGGGAAAAGACACAACCCCUGGAAGUCACUGGACCCAUAGAACCAGUCCAAAUUCCAGGUCACACUGAGGAAUUAUCAAGUGAUGAAAGACCCACAAGAGUACCCUGUGAUUCUCUACAACCAGAGCAAGCAGACAACCUCCAGACCUCACUAAGACGUCUUAGGACAAGACGUGGGAAAAUAGAGGUGGACCAAGAACCUUCAGUAGUGAAGAAGACAGUGCCAACAUCAAGGCAAACUACACGAUCCCAUAAGGUCCCUGAAAUUGAUGACAAAGACACCCAAGCUUCAAAAGAGUCUGGAGAGCAGCAAUUAGAAACAGUUUCCAAUGUAACUGGCAGCAGGAGGCAGCUAAGGGCACAUAAGAAUAAGGUCCAACCUUUUGAAGUCCUGGGUGACUCCAAAAAAUUAAUUCAAAUAUCAGAGCACACUGAGAAACUAAGGCAUGACACCAGUAUCCUUAAGAGCACGAUACAGCAAAUGCCAGACCCCAUAAAACCUCUGAGAACAAGCAGGAGAGUGCUAAGGGCCUCUAAAGAGGACACUGUGGAAACUGUGGAAAUGUCGGUGGAUACCAGAGACCCUGCAGAAUCACAAAGCAAAAGCAACACUUUUCUGUCCCCCAAGAGGAAGUCUGCAAGAGGUGGAGGCCGUCCAAGAACCAGGGGGUUGUGUUCUGUGACUCCAAAGCAGGAAGCAAUAGAUGAGAAACCUGCACCUAAGAAACAGAGGGCUGCUCCCAGCAAGAGGCACAUGUCACCUGAGCCUGUGAAGAUGAAACACCUGAGAAUCAUGUCAAGCAAAACUGAACCAGUGGAAGAGCAGGUUAGCAAUGUCAUGAAAACAGAAGAGGAAGCCCAAGUAGAAAACUCAACCCAUCCAGAUCAGAAAAUGCCUCUGCCCUCCAGAUACCGAAAAAAAAACAGUGAAAAACAUCCAAGCCCCAAGGUUGGUGCAUCUACAGAGAAGGAUGGGAUGAAGACAAACGAGAAGACCAUGAAGAGCUCCCAGGAGACAGAGCUGCAGAACACAGAUGAUGGAGCCAAGAAGUCUACAUCUAGGGGCAAAGUCAGUGGGAAAAGAACGUGCUUAAGGUCUAGAGGACAGAGUGAGAUUCCCCAGCCUCGUGCAGCAGAGGAGAAAACAAGUGAGACUGGCGCAAAAAUCUUGAAGACACAGAAAGAGAAAGGAGUCUCUGGAGAUUUAGAUGCCAGGUCUUUGAGAUCCAGAAAAACUGGAGCCACUUUGGACAGUGAACCUAACCCAAAAGUAACUCGGGGUGCCAAGAAAGAUAUAAAAGUUCCAAAAAAGGAUGAAGACAUUGUAUACACCACAAAAUUAAGGACAAGAAGUCACAAGAAUAGUUAGAAGUAUGUAGCAAAGACAUUUAAGAAGAAAAAAUAAAUUUAGCUUAAUGAUAAAUUCCAGUGUGGUUUUCAUCUUCAAUGUAAAGAUAAACUGUAAUAUAAUAUACUGCCUGUGUUUAAGGAAGGAAGCUUUGAGCUUUCAUGGUUAUACUCUCUUCAAACUCCAGUGGAGAUCAUGAAGGAGGUCACCAGGAUCUCAGAGCAAUAGCAAUUUAAAAGUUUGGAGGUGGGCAGGCUGAAGUGUGGCCCUCUAUCCUGUACAAUAAAGCUUUGAAGUUGA